AUGCAAAAGUCCCCAGGACCUGGAGAGAUGGAGUCAGGGUCCCUGGAGAAGGAUCCUCUUGGGACUCAGACAGGGCCAGUCCUGAGCGAAGGACUAAGCCAAAGCAUUUCCACUAAGCACCCAGAGACCAGCCCUAAAGACUCAAGAAUAAGAGAAAAUGACGUAACUGCAGGUGGAAGGACCACUGAGGAUCACAUCACAGGAGACCCAGGGACCACCGAGGACUCUGUCACUGCAGACCCAGGGACCACUGAGGACAACGUGACUGCGGACCCAGGGACCACCGAGGGCUCUGUCACUGCAGACCCAGGGACCACCAAGGACUAUGUGACUGCACACCCAGGGACCACCAAGGAUUCCGUCACUGCAGACCCAGGGACCACCAAGGACUCCAUCACUGCAGACCCAGGGACCACCAAACACUCCAUCACUGCAGACACAGGGACCACUGAGAACUUUGUCACUGCAGACCCAGGGACCACCAAGGACUAUGUCACUGUAGACCCAGGGAUCACUGAGGACUCCAUCACUGCAGACCCAGGGACCACCUAGGACUCCGUCACUGCAGACCCAAGGACCACUGAGGACUCCAUCACUGCAGACCCAGGGACCACCUAGGACUCCGUCACUGCAGACCCAAGGACCACUGAGGACUCCAUCACUGCAGACCCAGGGACCACCAAACACUCCAUCACUGCAGACCCGGGGACCACCGAGGACUCUGUCACUGCAGACCCAGGGACCACAGAAGAUGAAACCACUAAACAUGGUGACACUCACCUUCUGUGAACUACUUCAGUCACAGCAGUGAAACCCACCAGGCUCCUGACACCAUGAGAAUUAUCCUCAUAUCCCUGGCUGCAACCAUAGUCACUGUUGUGCUCUUUGUUGGAUUGGGCUUC